AUGUCUUUGCUUAGGCAAAUUGCUAAUAUUUGUGGCUGUGGCGAACCUAGUAGUAAUAUUAUUGAUGAUACUUGUGACUACGGGAUUCCCCGUAGUAAUAUCUUCAAUGAUGAUUGUAGCUACGCGAUUCGUCAUGGUAAUAUUGCUUUAAAAUUGGUUCUGUUCCUCGGAACAGUGUUUACUCUAUUUAAUAUCGGACGGAAACUCAUAUCUUUGUGGAAUGGAACGCCUGAACUGACGUUACCCGACGUUAGUGAAGGCAUCCCAGACGACGAUGAUAUCCCUGGCAAAAACGCAGUGUCGGCUUUGAACGAAGUCUACAAGAAGAACUUGGAAAAUCUCGACGUGGAAAUGGAACUGCUUCGAGGCGAAAACUCUCGUUUGCGAGCGACUCUGCUCGAGAAGGAAAUUUUGUUUGACGAAAUGACGGAAAACAUCGAUAGUUUGAGGCGAAGAGUAAUCGACGAUUUCCAAGGAAGAAUGGACAGACUGGAUGAUAAAAAUAGUCAGCUGAGAAUGGAACAACUGGAGCGAUCUCGAGAGGCCGAAGAAUUUGAACAAAUAAUUGGCCGCUUUGAAGAGGAGGUCCAGGCUUUGACAGAAAGCAAGAGAAAACUGGAGACCGAAAAGGAAAGGCAAAUGAGCGAUCUAAAGGAGAAAAUCCGAGAUCUUCAAGUGGAAAAUAUGGACAAGGACAAAGUGAUAGAAAAUCUCAACGGAAACAACAUUCAGUGUGAAGAGAUAAAAAACAGGUUGCAGGGAGAGGUCAGGAAUCUCGGCCGACAGAACACUGAAAUGGAGAUAAAUAUGGCCCAUCUGAAGAAAGAAAAGACUGAAGUGGAAAAGAAGAUGGCGGAUUUGGGAAAGGAAUUUGAAAAGGAAGUUCAUGACCUCGAGCAUAGGCUGAGUAACUAUCAAGAUAUAAUUAUAGAAAAGGACGCAGAGAUUGAAAUCUUUAACAAAGAGGCGACAGAAAAGGAAGAGAAAAUAGAAGCUCUGGGGAAUAUUGUCCAGAAUUUACUCGAAGAAAACAAGAAAAUUAAAAAUGCAAUGGAAUACAAAAUAAAUGACCUUAGUCAAGAGCUCAGUAAACAGCAGGAUCUCAAUAAGAAGGAGGUUGAAAAGUUUGAAAAAGAAAUGUUCGAAUUUGGACAAACGAUUGAAGGUCUGGAAAGUGAGGUCGUCUCGUUGAUGAAAGAAAAUGACAGCCUGAAAACUGAGAAGGCGAAGGAAAUAUCCGACCUCAUAUCUCUGAACAUGGAAAAGGAGGAGCAGCUGGAACAGUUCAAAACAGAAGCCGUUGCUUGUGCUCAAACGAUUGAAGGUCUGGAAAAUGAGGUCGUAGCCUUGAUGAAAGAAAAGGGCAGCCUGAAAAUUGAAAUGGAGAAGGAAAUAUCCGACCUCAUAUCUCUGAACAUGGAAAAGGAGGAGCAGUUGGAACAGUUCAAAGCAGAAGCCAUUGCUUGUGCACAAACAAUUGAAGGUCUGGAAAAUGAGGUCGUAGCCUUGAUGAAAGAAAAGGGCAGCCUGAAAAUUGAAAUGGAGAAGGAAAUAUCUGACCUCAUAUCUCUGACAUGGAAAAGAAGGAGCAGCUGGAACAGUUCAAAACAGAAGCCAUGGCUUGUGCACAAACAAUUGAAGGUCUGGAAAAUGAGGUCGUAA